ACUUCUUUCUCCUUCUCGGCCAGUACCUUUCAGUCCUGCUUCCACGUUUCCCUUCGGCUAGUGCCCUGACAGCUCGCUCCAUAAGGGUGGAAGGUUCCUCCCAAUUCUGAGCGGCCCCUGUCAAACCCCUGCAAGUGUUUCUUGCCCCUCUGCGUUCUUCGCCUCCUGGAGCGUUUCAUAGCGGGCCUGAAUUUCUGCCUUGUUGCAUGACACGUUCUAACCAUAAUGAAGGAAACUCCUUCUGAAGGCGGGAUGGAUUACAGAGUCCCCGGUGCAGUUAGCAAUGGCGAAACGAUACCUGCACAUCCAGGUGUGGAAAAGGAGAAGGAAGAGGAUCAAACUCUGGAACGAGGCCAGUGGAAUAACAAGCUGGAGUAUGUGCUGUCCGCGGCUGGGGAGAUCAUCGGUCUGGGAAACGUGUGGCGGUUCCCCUACCUCUGCUACAAGAAUGGUGGAGGUGCCUUCUUCAUUCCCUACCUCAUCUUCCUCUUCACCUGUGGGAUCCCAGUGUUCCUCCUGGAAACAGCACUAGGGCAGUACACGAGCCAGGGAGGGGUGACGGCCUGGAGGAGGAUUUGCCCUCUCUUUGAAGGAAUUGGCUAUGCCUCACAGGUCAUUGUCAUGCUUCUCAACUUCUACUACAUUAUUGUCCUGGCCUGGGCCUUGUUUUAUCUCUUCAGUUCGUUCACCAUAGACCUUCCUUGGGGCAGCUGUGACCAUGAGUGGAACACAGGGAGCUGCAUGGAAUUCCAGAAGGCGAACUCCACGCUAAAUGUGACGAAUGAAAAUGCUACCUCCCCUGUCAUCGAGUUCUGGGAGAGGAGAGUGCUAAAGAUUUCUGACGGUAUCCAGCACCUGGGCAGCCUGCGCUGGGAGCUGGCUCUAUGUCUGCUGCUGGCGUGGAUCAUCUGCUACUUCUGCAUCUGGAAAGGGGUCAAGUCCACAGGGAAGGUGGUGUAUUUCACGGCCACGUUCCCAUACCUCAUGCUGGUAGUUCUGCUGAUCAGGGGGGUCUCCCUGCCAGGGGCUUCCCAAGGAAUCCUGUUUUACCUUUAUCCAGACCUCAGUCGCCUCAGGGACCCCCAGGUCUGGAUGGAUGCAGGCACUCAGAUCUUCUUCUCGUAUGCAAUUUGUCUGGGAUGCCUGACAGCUCUGGGUAGCUACAACAAAUACCAUAACAACUGCUACAGGGACUGCAUGGCUCUCUGCUUCCUCAACAGUGGCACCAGCUUUGUGGCUGGCUUUGCCAUCUUCUCCAUCCUGGGCUUCAUGGCAAGGGAGCAGGGUGUGCCCAUCGCCGAAGUGGCUGAGUCAGGGCCUGGCCUGGCAUUCAUCGCCUACCCUCGGGCUGUCGUCAUGUUGCCCUUCUCCCCGCUUUGGGCCUGCUUCUUCUUCCUGAUGAUUGUUUUGCUGGGACUGGACAGCCAGUUUGUCUGCGUGGAGAGCCUCGUCACAGCUCUUGUUGACAUGUACCCCACCAUCUUCCGCAAGAAGAACCGCCGGGAAACCCUCAUCUUACUGGUCUCCGUCUUCUCCUAUCUAGUCGGACUGGUGAUGCUCACGGAGGGGGGGAUGUAUGUCUUCCAGCUCUUUGAUUACUAUGCUGCCAGUGGCAUGUGCCUGCUCUUUGUGGCCGUCUUCGAGACCCUCUGCAUCGCCUGGGUCUAUGGUGCCGAGCGUUUCUAUGAUAACAUUGAAGACAUGAUUGGGUACCGUCCAUGGCCCAUCAUCAAAUACUGCUGGCUGUUCAUCACACCGGCAGUUUGCAUGGCAACCUUCCUGUUUUCUCUGAUCAAAUACACCCCGCUAACCUACAACAAGAAGUAUGUGUACCCCUGGUGGGGAGACACCCUGGGGUGGCUGCUGGCCCUCUCCUCCAUGGUGUGCAUCCCGCUUUGGAUCAUCUACAAACUCUCCACCGUCAAAGGCUCCCUCAGAGAGAGGCUCCACCAACUCACCUGCCCGCUUGAGGACUUGCCUUCCAGGCCAGGCAUGGGACAACCCCUUCCCUCCACCAGAGCUGGCCUCCUGAUGCUGACAGAGCUCGAAUCUCACUGCUAGGACCAGUGUGGCUCUCCCUCCCUCCCCCCAGGAUGGUGUUUAUACAGCCUUUACCACCUGUUGGAUAAUGCAAGGAUUCUUCACUCAUCAAGGAGAGAGGGAUUUCUGAGCUGAGCUCCCUUCCUUGGAAGAUUUGAAGAGCUGAGGAAGAGGCUGCCGUGGAGAUGGCCUUCAGAGGCUGUGGAGUUAGCAGUGCACCUUAAUCCUCUCCUUGGAGAGCGCUCUAAAGCAGCAGAUCAAGCAGUGGUGUUCCUGAGAGUCCUCGGCCUUUUCGUGGGCAGAAAGGAAGGACUGAUCCUGGAGUGGAGAGUGUCAGAGAGUCUCAGAGGUGUUGUUCCUGUGUGGACUUUGGGAGCUUCUCCAUUCAUUCCAUUAAAUCCUUGUUUUUUCCCC